GGGCAGGUAGGAUCUCGUGCACCACACUCGCUAGCCUGACACUCCGCAGGCCGGGUGGGACGUCGCUGCGGCUCUUAGGUCAUCGUUGUCCCGUGUGACCUGCUCGGGCGGACGAGAUGGGCGUCGAAGUGGGAGCGGCGAGCCGCUUGCUGUUCCUGUGGCUGGUCUGCUCGCUCCAGCUCGUCACAGAUGCCACAGGCCUGCAGCGGUCCCUGCAGACUUACCCCGUGGCCAGCCAGGGUUUGUCCUUCCAGUCAGCGUCCUAUGGCACAGGAUCCCAGCAGUCUUACGCCCAAGGGUACUCCGGCCUGGAUCCCUUCUGCGGCGCUCCUGACGGCCUUUUCCCCCACGACUGGGACUGUCAGCAGUUCUUCUCGUGCUCCAACGGCCGCGGGUGUCUCAUGACGUGUCCGCGCGGCACCAUCUUCCACAGGUUGCUCAAUGUGUGCGUGUGGCCCCACCAGGCCUCGUGCGUGAAGAAGCCAGGUUCUGUGCCGUCCACCUGGCCGCCGCUGAAGAAGUGCUCUGAGAUCCAGGCAGGUGGCAGUCAAGCACCACCGAAGCCGCCUAAGCCACCUGUUCCCCCAACUCCACCUCGGCCGCCUCUCCCACCCCCUACGCAGUCGCCACCCUCACCCCCCAGGCCACCGACUCCCCCUACUCCACCACCCCGACCCCCAACGACACCUCCCCCGCCGCCGCCGACGCCGCCGUCGACAACCCCUCGUCCUACAACUGCCCGCCCGUCCACCACUGCACGACCGCCUUACCCUACUCCUUCACGCCCGUCGUCGACCUCACGACCACCAUACCCUACUCCUUCACGCCCGUCGUCGACCUCACGCCCACCUUACCCCAUCACGCUGCCCCCACGCCCACCCCCAACGACCCCCCGACCCAUUUUCCCCAUAACGCCCCACCCUUGUCCUUGCGCGACGCAGCCCACGCACCCCAUUGACGUCCAUCCGCCUAAACCUGUCGAUCCAGGACCAGUCACUCAGCCCAUAGGCGUGGGACGACCUCCACAGCCUGCUCCGGUUCAACCCAUAGGUAUAACAUGGCCUCUUCCUGUAGGUGUAGAUCCAGGACAGCCUCAUCCUGUGGGAAAACCUCCUCAACCCGGGAGCUCAGGACGACCUCCUCAUCCAGGACAGCAUCCUCACCCUGUAGGCAUAGGACGACCCCCUCACCCCACUCAUCCAGAACGACCCCCUCACCCCAUUGAUCCAGCACGACCUCCUCACCCCAUUGAUCCAGGACGACCCCCCCACCCCAUUGAUCCUGGACGACCCCCUCACCCCAUUGAUCCUGGACGACCUCCUCACCCCAUUGAUCCAGCACGACCCCCUCACCCCAUUGAUCCAGGACGACCCCCUCACCCCAUUGAUCCUGGACGACCCCCUCACCCCAUUGAUCCAGGACGACCCCCCCACCCCAUUGAUCCAGGACGACCCCCCCACCCCAUUGAUCCUGGACGACCCCCCCAUCCCAUUGAUCCAGGACGACCCCCUCACCCCAUUGAUCCAGGACGACCUCCUCACCCCAUUGAUCCUGGACGACCUCCUCACCCCAUUGAUCCAGGACGACCCCCCCACCCCAUUGAUCCAGGACGACCUCCUCACCCCAUUGAUCCAGGACGACCCCCCCACCCCAUUGAUCCAGCACGACCCCCUCACCCCAUUGAUCCAGGACGACCCCCCCACCCCAUUGAUCCUGGACGACCCCCUCACCCCAUUGAUCCAGGACGACCCCCUCACCCCAUUGAUCCAGGACGACCCCCUCACCCCAUUGAUCCAGGACGACCCCCUCACCCCAUUGAUCCAUCACGACCUCCUCACCCCAUUGAUCCUGGACGACCCCCUCACCCCAUUGAUCCUGGACGACCCCCCCACCCCAUUGAUCCAGGACGACCCCCCCACCCCAUUGAUCCAUCACGACCUCCUCACCCCAUUGAUCCUGGACGACCCCCUCACCCCAUUGAUCCUGGACGACCCCCCCACCCCAUUGAUCCAGGACGACCCCCUCACCCCAUUGAUCCAUCACGACCUCCUCACCCCAUUGAUCCUGGACGACCCCCUCACCCCAUUGAUCCUGGACGACCCCCCCACCCCAUUGAUCCAGGACGACCCCCCCACCCCAUUGAUCCAGGACGACCCCCCCACCCCAUUGAUCCAGGACGACCUCCUCACCCAAUUGAUCCAGGACGACCCCCCCACCCCAUUGAUCCAGGACGACCUCCUCACCCCAUUGAUCCAGGACGACCUCCUCACCCCAUUGAUCCUGGACGACCUCCUCACCCCAUUGAUCCAGGACGACCCCCCCACCCCAUUGAUCCAGGACGACCUCCUCACCCCAUUGAUCCAGGACGACCCCCACACCCCAUUGAUCCAGGACGACCUCCUCACCCCAUUGAUCCAGGACGACCCCCCCACCCCAUUGAUCCAGGACGACCCCCCCAUCCCAUUGAUCCAGGACGACCUCCUCACCCAAUUGAUCCUGGACGACCCCCCCACCCCAUUGAUCCAGGACGACCCCCUCACCCCAUUGAUCCUGGACGACCUCCUCACCCCAUUGAUCCAGGACGACCUCCUCACCCCAUUGAUCCAGGACGACCCCCUCACCCCACUGAUCCAUGGCCUGUAGGAAAACCUCCUCAACCCGGGGGCUCAGGACGACCUCCUCAUCCAGGACAGCAUCCUCAGCCUGAUGGCACAGGACGACCCCCUCACCCCAUAAUCUUCCCUCCCACAGUGUCCCCUCCCCCCCCAGUGUGCCUCUACCCUCCCCACCUGUGCACCCCCCGGCCCCCCACCCCCCGUCCUCCCCCCCCUCCCAUUGACCAGUUCCCCCCGUCCGUGCCCGAACCCACCGACGUGCCAACCCACCCGACCAUUCCCCCUUCGGUAAUCGACACUCUGGGGGGUUCGUCGGAGUGUUGCGAAUGUAAGGACGACGACGACGACGACGACGACGACGACAGAUAUCGGUCGAAAUUAGUUUAUUCGGCGAACCAGCUGGGAGACAGGGCCCCCGUGGUGGUCGUGGUGGGCAACCCUGGCACCAACGACCUGGACUGGCUCUCACGGAUUCUCCGGAGUGGCAAAUAGAGUACGACACACGUGGGUCGAUCUGCCUCCCCAACGUCUCAUCGCUAAGGAAAAUGAAAUGAACGAUUGUGGUUUAUUGAAGGGAAAGCAUGAAGGUUAGGAAGGGGGACAGCGGAGCCACAUGCUAAUCAUUUGGGCAUUUUCUCAUGACACUGAGUUGGGGGAUUCACACCAGUAUUCCAAGGGCUCUGGCUCUGAAAGACACUGGAGUUCAAUCUCUCUUGCGCGCUUGUUAUUAUGUACAUUUCCAUUUGAUAGCGUAACCUGACAUAAUGCAUUCAUACUAAGAGUGUACAGGUGUGUCAUAUCUUCAUUUUUAUGUUAGUAAUUUUACUCUUUUGCCAAAGUUUGUGGCAUUAAAAGACUUUUUUUUAACUAACACAACUAACUGCAACUGAAGGAGCAGUUUGUUACGACUAUAUGUAGCGUGUUUGUGCACACGCUGAGAGAACUCACAUUCCAAUAUGCUUUUAAAAUUCUGUUACAUCUAACUACCGAGUAUGGAGUUAAGGUGCUUGUCUCCAUUUAUUACCAAAAUUUCUUGUUAAAAAAAGACAAACAAUCUUUGCUAUAUGAAAUGCUGUAGCCCCGCAAAUCUUUUCCAAAUAAUUAAGCUUCCAAAAGUAUUCCCAGAUAAGAAAUAAUCCUAUGUAAGGAGCUUAACGAAUGUGGCAUUACACGUGUCUCUACACUGUAGGUUUUGCGAUAACAAUUCUUGUCGAUAUAUGAUAAAAACAAAAUGUAAUGUCUCUGUUAGCUAUUGCUUACUGAUAAUCGACAUAUCAUAUUGUGUACUGUCCGAUGUAAUUAUGUCGCUUUGUUUACAUUUAAUAAUAAAGAGUAAUAAUAAAC